UUUCGUCGUUUCCGAACGUGUAGGUUUGUAUCACGGCGGUCCGUUGUUGACGUUCGUUUCGUUCGCGUUUUCGUAAAGAUUUUUUCAUUUUAUGUAAAAGAUUACAAAUUAUUUCGAAAAAAACAAUGCUUUUUCGGUAGUUUAAUUUACUAUGGUGUUCGUUAGUGAAUUAUUACUCAUCGGCAUCGCGUCCAUUGUGCAAAUGUGUGCAUUUCAAGUUUGAAAACCCCUAUUCGACGUGUACUGCUGGAGGUUAGCUUUGUUUACAAUAUUCCAUUCGUUUUCGUUGUUUUAUAUACUCGAAAUUUUCGCUCCCUUUUUCCCAAACAAAUUUAAUUUAUAUCCGAUAAAUGUGUAAAAUUCGCGAAUUUCAUCAGUUUUUCUUCAAGCGUGUCGUGUAAUUGUUAUCCGGUGCGGUGUGUUUUCUUACGAUUGUGAUGGUUUCAACUCACUUUGUUGUACUUCCAGCUCCAGUAUUGAAUGCUUGAAACUAUACAUAGCUUGGUUGCAGUAUUAUCGAAUUACUAUAAGUUUGAUCGGCAAUUGUGACGAAUGCUGAAUGAAACGGCUGAACAGCCAAGCUGCAUAAACAAAUGGGAUUAGCCUGAAAAUUAAGACGGGUCCGCUAAUUGCAGUAAUAAACGAGCUUUUUCGUCGUGAAAUUUCAUUUUAAAUAUCGCAGUGAUAAUCACUUCCGCGUCAUGUUGACGUUCAUCGUUCUGCUGCUGGUUCCAGCAGUCACCUUCGCCUUGGAUGCUGUGGAACAAUUGUCGCCAGAUCAUGUUCGUGAUUUCUCUUGCGGAAAACUAUAUUACCGAACAUUUUACUUGGACGAACGAAGGGACAAUUUAUACGUCGGAGCCAUGGAUCGAGUGUUCAGGUUGAACUUAAGCAACAUCAGCCAUUCCAGUUGCGAGCGUGAUUCGCUUACAUUGGAGCCAAAUAACGUGAUAAAUUGCAUAUCAAGAGGCAAAUCGGAGAAUUUCGACUGCCAUAAUCAUAUUCGUGUAAUUCAGCCAAUGGGAGAUGGCUCCAGACUGUAUGUUUGCGGUACAAAUGCUCAUAAUCCGAAAGAUUGGGUUGUAUACAGCAAUCUGACUCAUUUACCAAGACACGAACACGUACCAGGGAUCGGAUCAGGUGUUGCGAAAUGUCCUUACGAUCCUAAUGAUAAUGCUACUGCAAUUUGGGUAGAGAAAGGAAACCCAGGAGAAUUACCAGCCCUGUACAGUGGCACGAUUGCCGAAUUCACUAAAGCUGACACGGUGAUAUUUCGAACCGAUUUACACAAUUUGACCACCGGUCGGACUGCCUUUUCUUACAAGAGGACUUUGAAAUACGAUUCGAAAUGGUUGGACAAACCAGAUUUCGUUGGAUCUUACGAUGUUGGUCAAUACAUAUUCUUCUUCUUCCGUGAAACAGCUGUUGAAUAUAUCAAUUGCGGUAAAAGUGUAUACUCCAGAGUAGCUCGUAUUUGCAAGAGAGAUACCGGUGGUAAAAAUAUCCUGAGUCAGAACUGGGCUACGUACUUGAAAGCUCGACUAAAUUGCUCGAUACCGGGAGAAUUUCCAUUUUACUUCAAUGAAAUACAGAGCGUAUACAAGGUAGAUGGAGACGAUAACAAAUUCUACGGUGUGUUUACCACUUCAACUACUGGACUAAUGGGAUCAGCUAUUUGCGCCUUCACUUUAGAAGAUAUUGAGAAAGCAUUCGCUGGUAAAUUCAAAGAACAAGCUACCUCCAGUUCAGCUUGGUUGCCGGUUCUGUCAAACAAGGUACCCGAACCCAGACCUGGAGUUUGUGUCAAUGAUACGGAAACAUUACCAGAUUCAGUACUGAAUUUCAUCCGAUCACAUCCUUUGAUGGACGAAGCAGUAGCCCAUAAAGAUAACAAACCAGUGUAUUAUAAACGUGAUCUCUUAUUUACUCGAUUAGUUGUGGAUCCUUUGCAAUACGACGUGUUCGGCAAAAGAUACCAUUACACGGUUUACUACGCUGGAACGAACUUGGGAUAUGUUUAUAAGAUUGUUCAGUGGCAUGAUGAAGGAGGACAUUCGCAUUCAUCCUUGUUGGAUAUCUUUGAAGUUACUUCAGGUUUGCCUAUCAGGACUAUGGCUAUUUCUCGAGAACACAAAUCACUUUAUAUUGCAUCUGACGAAAGAGUACAUCAGAUCGAUUACAUUAUGUGUAAUCAUCGUUACGAUAGCUGUCUCCGUUGUGUUCGCGAUCCGUAUUGCGGAUGGGAUAAAGACAGCGGAACUUGUAAACCUUAUCAAGCCGGAUUAUUACAAGAUGUCGGCAACACGUCACGUACAAUCUGUGAUAGUUCCCUCGGUAAGAAAAAAUUACUGGUGACGUUCGGCCAAAGUGUUCAUUUAAGUUGUUUCGUCAAAAUGCCAGAAGUACUCAGAUCCUACCCGGUGACUUGGUACCAUUAUAGUAAAGAAAAAGGCAAAUACUUGAUUAAUUAUAGAAUCGAUAAAUAUAUUAGUACCAGCGAAGGUGGAAUUGUGGUUGUUGGCGUUUCCGAAAGUGACGCCGGAUUGUACGAGUGCUGGCUAGCAGGCUCGUUACUUUGUGUAUAUAAUUUAGCCGUAGAAACUCACCGAUGUUCGCCACCAGGUAAAUCGGUCGAUUACCAUAAAGUAUAUUCUGACUGGUGCCACGAAUUCCAGAAGUAUAAAAAUGCCAUGAAAACGUGGGAAAAGAAAAAGGAGCAAUGCAUGCGUCAAAAUGAGACCAGCAUAGCGAACCAGAAUCUACAUCCUAACGAAAUCUUUCCUAAAAGUUUGCGAUAAUCAUUCGACUGAUCAUUAUAACUUAAAUAUUAUUACAUCGAGUAAAAAAGCACAAAACAAACAAAACACUCGUAUUGUUUUUUACUCUUUAGUAAGCAAUAAGAAUGUAAUCUAAGUUUAUAUACCAUUAAUAAUUCUCUAUCAUAGUUUAUAUGCUAGUUACAAAUUUUUACAGAUGUAAUUUAUUAUGUACAAUUUGUUUUCUUUGACGAGCGAUUGUACAAAAAAAAAAAAAAUGUUCGAGGAUAGAAAAAAAAAUCAAUGCGCUACGAAGAUGAAAAAAAAUCCCAGCGCCUGAGACUGGUCAGAUUGACUGUUGUUAUUAUUUUAUAUUUCUCUUAAUCUGUGAUCGCGAAACUUUGAGUAUGGGCAAUUCGUGACUAGUCUUUUUGAAAUAUUCAAAUUCAAGGCGCAAAUUUAACCGAUCUCAUGUUUUAAUUUACUCGAAUAAAAUUGAUUAAAGAUAUCCUCUUUUGUACUCCUACGAUUUUAAAAAAACGAUUCGUUGAAGAAAAUGAAAACCUUGAGUAACUUUUUAUCUAUUACAUCACCCUGUUUUUACAAAGUUACAAUUUUGUUACUGUUUGUAUCAUCUGUGAUAACGUAGAUUAUGUCAGUUGUAUUUUAAUUAUUUUUUUUAUACUUUAAAUAGGUACAAUCUAUUUUAAUUCCUUUUAAUUUGUGUACGGUGAAAGGUUAUUUAUUGUUAAUGAUGUAAAUAAUUUUUUUCUGCAUUUAAUAACUUUUUUUUUCUCUCCUUUGAAAAACUCUCUUAUUCCUACGAUUUUUUAUUUUAUUUUAUUUUUUUUUAGUUUUAUUUUAUUUUGGCAAUUUUUAAGUUUUUCAACAUUUUGGCUUUUUUAGAAAGUGAAUUUUUAAUUACGAACGUGGCUUCGUGAAAAAGGUUAAUUAGGUACGUUGUUAUUUUUACCGUUGGCAAAUGUCAAAAUACGUACAUAAAGGGGGGUACCACUACCAAUAGAGUAGAUUUUUUUUUCAUUUACGAGAAACUAUGUCGAUUUUAAAGAUCGACAUUUCAACUAAGUUCCUGUACCACAUAGAUUAGGUUUUUCUUUCUUUCUUUUUUUUUUCUUAAACGUAGGAUUCCGAUCGAUUUUCUUUUGUUUUGCUGUCCGUCCUGUGUAAAAGCCCAUAAGAUCGUUUUCUAUUUUUUUUUUUUUUUUUUUUUCUUCUAAACGAAUAUUCCCUUUAUUUUAAUUUCGUUUUUUGUACUUAAUUUAGCAACAAAAAAAAAUUGCCAAAUUUUUUUUCGUAAUAAGCGUUGAAAUACUUAGAAAUGUCAUCUUUUUUGUGGAACAUGUUGCUGAUAACGUCUGUACUCAAUUGUAGAUGAUUGUUAAAAACUUUGUUUCAUAUUCAGAAGUAAAUUGCUUUAAGUA